AUGGACGCUUUGCACCUACCGCGGCGUACCCGCGUUGUCGACUUGGGGCUCAUGUCGCGUGAAGACGUUAUCGAAGUGGCAAAGAAGCAGGCACAAGGUAUUCGUGAAAAGACUAUGCGGAUAAAAGCUCUUGAAGAUCUGGUUGCACAGCUCACUGGCCGACCAGCUCCUGACGUUGCUUCCACAGGUCUAAGCCCAAAUCAGAGCUACACGGGCUCACUCCCAGCAACGCCUGCUGAGCACCGCAGUGAGUUGGCACUGCAACAGGCCAUGGAAGAGGAGCGCAUAGCAUACGCUACGGAAAUAAGCCGCAACGAGCAACUUACCAGGGAGCUUCAAACGCAGCUCGAUACGAAGACAGCUGAGCUUACAGCGUUACAAGACAAGGUGAAUGUCUGGCGAGAGAAGGUUAUGCUGACCUCACGCCGCGACCAGGAGAUAAUUGCCCAGCUGCAGGCACGUCUAGGGCAACUGCAGAGCACUACCAUCACAGCCGCUACACCAGCAGCAAUUUCACCUGAUGUUUUGGAAGCUGCCGUGCAGGAAAAACUCUCCCAUUGGAAGGAGCGCGUCAAGACAAAAAUGCAGCAGGAUAUGGACCGCAUUCACGAACUUGAAGAGAGGCUGAAGUUAAUUCAAAACAAAAACCAGUCACCAUCUAAAACAGUCGCGGAUACAGUGCAGCGCAAACACAUAACACCAUCGUCUCAGCUUUCGCAGCAAGAACCACAUGACGUUUUCAAAACUCAAGAAGCCACACACACUGACAUGGAAGAAGCACCUCAUCAAAUAGAUGAACAAAAGAAGGAACAUGUGCUGGAGACCAUUCAGGCUGACAAGAUACCAAUUAAAGAAUUACACCAAGAACUUCAGGCACCUCGUUCUGGUUCAACGGAAUGUAACAUAUCUUUUGAGACACCAACCGACGUCGUACAUAGCAUUGGCGUUGCUGCUGUAUCAGAGUUGAAACACCUCCAAAAAAACAUGGCAUUCCGGGAACUCAGCAACGAACAAACGAUUCAUUCCCUGACGCAGGAGGUGCAGCGGCUGAAAGUGGAGCUGGAGAGGGCUCGGCGCGAGCAGGAGGAGGCAGCCGGUGCCAUGGAAACCAUGCAGUGUGACGCUGCACGGGAGCGGGAGGAGGCUGUGGCCACUCUUGCGCAGGAGGUGCAGCGGCUAAAGUGGAGCUGGAGAUGGGCUCGGCGCGAGCAGGAGGAGGCAGCUGAUGCCAUGGAAACCAUGCAGUGUGACGCUGCACGGGAGCGGGAG